AUGUGGUCCAAGGGCACCGGUGAUUUCUUCAAAGAUACCCUGGGCUGUGCCAUGGCCAGUCGGAGCCACUCUGCUGUUUCCGCAAUGGUGCGCUUUGCAGCUCAAAUGGACCCAUCGAAUGGGAAGAGCGAACUAGUUGAUGGCUCCCAAUCCCACACCACUAGUCCGGCAUGUGCCAUUCUGAUUAAUGCUGCUGCAUCCUAUGUGGUUGAGUGCGAUGAUCUGCAAAAAUCGAAGUAUCAUCACAAUUCUUAUUUGACUUUUCGGCAAUUGUAA